UGUGACCCUAACCUCAAAAAGGGUGUUGUGUGAGAAUGUGUUGCGUCAAGUUUUUUAAGCCCCAGAGAUAAACCUCAACGUGAAAAAAAAAUCACAAUUCAUAAACAAAACUGUCGUGUGGAUCACAAAAGUGGCGUUAAUUGAUACAGUGAUAAUUUUUUCACUUCUAUUGUGUCUUUUGUUAAAUUGUCUGUUCUGUUUCUGAGAAUUCGUACACACGAUUCUAUCUGCAGCGUUCCAUCACCAGUCGAGUCUGACGCGACCCGAGUAAACCUAACCUCCAACGAUGUCACUAAAUGUUUGACAGAGCAAUUUUGUUUUUAAUCGUGGUGUGUUGAUAAAUUACCAAGAUUUCAUUGUUUUCCUUGAAUGCUCCCUACAUUCAGGGGAGUUCGAUUGUUUUAUUCGUAGAGUAGGUGAAGCCAACAGAAUUAUCCAAAAUGUGGUCAUCACAAAGUGGUAAUAAUAGUACAACAACAACAAAUGCAUCAGCAUCAGCCCAAAAUUUACGAACACUGGGUAUGACAUCGGCAAUAAGUGUUGCUGAACCAAAACCCAGUGAUUUAGCCAGAACGAACGAGCUCAGAGAAGCAUUGAAACCGUAUAAUGUGUUCGAAUCAGAGGAAGAGUUGAAUCACAGAAUGGAAAUACUUAGUAAAUUGAAUGCCCUCGUGAAACAGUGGAUCAAGGACACGUCGAUUGCUAGGAAUAUGCCUCCUAAUGUUGCUGAAAAUGUUGGUGGAAAAAUUUAUACCUUCGGAUCCUAUAGGUUAGGCGUGCAUCAUAAAGGGGCUGAUAUCGAUGCACUCUGUGUUGUCCCAAGGCACAUUUUCAGAUCAGAUUAUUUCUCGUCGUUUUUCGAAUUACUUAAAAAGCAACCUGAGGUCACUGAUUUGAGGGCGGUGGAAGAAGCUUUCGUGCCAGUCAUAAAGAUGAAUUUCGAUGGCAUUGAGAUUGAUAUGCUUUUCGCCAAAUUAGCCCUCAAAGAGAUCCCUGAUUCUAUGGAUUUACGUGAUGACAUCUUGUUGAAGAAUCUGGAUCAGAAGUGUGUGAGGAGUCUCAAUGGAUGUCGUGUCACUGAUGAAAUCCUAAGACUCGUACCUAAUAUAGAGAAUUUCAGACUUGCACUCAGAGCCAUUAAAUUGUGGGCGAAACGGCACGGAAUUUACAGCAAUGUUCUGGGUUACCUCGGUGGUGUAUCGUGGGCAAUGCUCGUUGCGAGAACGUGUCAAUUGUAUCCCAAUGCAGUUGCUUCUACAUUAAUUGAAAAAUUUUUUCUCGUAUUUUCACAGUGGAAGUGGCCUCAGCCAGUUUUGCUCAAGCAACCUGAUAAUGUUAAUCUAGGUUUUCCAAUUUGGGAUCCAAGGGUCAACGUUUCGGAUCGGUAUCACCUAAUGCCCAUAAUCACCCCUGCAUAUCCUCAACAAAAUUCCACAUUCAACGUGUCAGCAUCAACGAGAACGAUAAUGCAAGAGGCGUUCGAGCACGGUCUGUCACUGACUGAGGAAAUAAUCAUGGGCAAAGCGACGUGGGAUAAACUAUUCGAUCCACCCAAUUUCUUUUGUAAAUAUAAACAUUAUAUUGUCUUGCUGGCUAGCAGUUCCUCGGCUGAGGACCAGCUCGAAUGGUGUGGCCUGGUCGAAUCUAAAAUACGACAUCUAAUAGGAACAUUGGAGAGAAAUCAACACAUUACUCUUGCCCACGUCAAUCCGGAAGGACAUGCACCAGUAACCCCUGAGCAGGGGCGUAAUUGUUCAAUGUGGUUCAUCGGUUUGUUAUUCUCCAAGAGUGAGAAUCUCAAUGUUGAUCUCACGUAUGACAUCAAAGCAUUCGUUGAUACGAUUGAGAGGCAAGCAGAACAGAUUAGUAUGUUGAAAGAUGGAAUGUGGAUCGAAGCAAAACACGUGAAGAGGAAGGAUUUGCAUAAUUACUUAUCACCGAAAUUACUUAAACGUGAAAGAAAGGUUUCGGGUGGUGGACAUCGUAAUGGAAGUCUAUCUGUGGAGAAAGCAAGUGGACUUACCUCCAAGAGCCAAACAGAGAGCAUAAGACGUCUCUCAAAUGAGAGUCUCGAUGCUGGUGGGAAGAAACGCAAGACACAGGACAACGAACAAACGAUCAAGCAGACAGAGAAUGGGACGUUUCCGGGAGAGCCCUGCGGAGAGGACAGUAACUCUGGCUUCAGUCUUGAUGAAUACAAACAGAAUUUAACAACUAACAAGGACGAGACAUCAACGGGUACUUCGACGGUCCCCCAGGAAGUAUGCACUUGACGGAAUUACGACUGUCACAUAAGAAUACACCAAUCUAUGGAUUCACGUUCAGGUUAUUUAGAGAAUAAGCCACUCUCCAGCCAUUGUCCACUGCCCACUAAUCGAGCCCCAACCUGAUUCAAUCUUCCUCGCUCCCAAUAUCCAACGGUCCAACGUUUUUGGUGAUGCGUUGACAUGGAAGAACAUAAGUAUAAAAUUAAAUCAUCUUUUAGACGUAAUCUAGAUGAUCUUUAGAUUCCUCGGACUCGGCACAACCGAUUUAAUCAAUUGGUAAGUGAUGGGAGGGGACAACGGGGAGGAGAGGAUUACUACCCCCCAGGUUAUCGUAAUCGAGCACUUUUUUUGAUGUUGCUCACAUGAGGGAAUAAAAUCGAACAAAAAAAAAUCGCGAAUACUACGUUUUUUUUCGUCACUCUCACGAUACGUUGUCAACGUAAUUUCAUUAUUAUUUACACUCUACAAAUUUUUUUCGCGCUCGAGGAAGACCACGUUGGUACGAGUUACCGAUAAUUAAUGGAUAGCAAUUUUUGUAGUCAUUUUCAGAGUCUUAUUUAUUUCAGUAAUUCGUGUAAAUUUCUUUUAUUGAACUCGACAAUCAGUACAAUGAUUAGAUGAAUCAUGAAUACAUAUUUAUUUCUCAUGAGCAGUAAUAAAUAACUCUUUAUUCAAUUCGUCAACGGCAAUAAAAGAAAUUCUAUAUGAAAAUUUUUAAAUAUUGGUUCGAUUUUCAGAAAAUUUAUCUAGUUUUUCCCUUUUACCGGACUCAAAUCUUGAAGCUUCAUUCAUUCAUAUAGCACUCAUGAUAUUAUUUCUAAUGAAUGAAAUGAAUAUAUCUGUCAUUCACUAAAAAUAAUGCAGUGAUUACAGUUUCGAAUUCAUUAAUUGGUGAUUCUGUGUAGACCAUCAGAAUAAAUAAUUCUUUGGAUAGGAGGGGGUGGGAGAGGGAGCAUGAAGAGUUACUGAGAACAUCUCUUUAAAACUCCUAAAUAGUACCACGGCGUGAAUUAUCGGUAUUAUAUCGUACCAAUACAACCUUGGAAGGACUUUAAUCAUUUGACGUAACAAUAUCUAUGAUAAAAGUUGAAUCAAGAGCGACGUAACUUGCAACGCUUUUUGCGCAUGUACAUUGCUAUAUUUUUUUGAGCAUCGUAAUUUUUUUUCUUUUUUUCUUUUUGUAAAUUAGAAGUGAUUGGAUGGCAUUUUGUUUGACUUCUAGAGAAAUAAAGAGUGGACGAAAAAUGGAGAUUGCACUCCAAUUUAUGAGAUGAUACUUAAUGCACCUCUGGAUAGGUCCGAUUUUCCAUCGCUCUCUGGAAAAAUCAAAGAGAAAAUAAUUAGGUAACGAGAAGUCGAGAAGUAAUCGAAUGAUUAAAAGUGAAUAAUCAGUUUUUACGAGCAUAUAACUAGUGAAUGUCGAUGUCAGGAGUUAAUUGAUUAAAUUUCUGUUGAAAAUUCUAUUAAGCGUGAGAAAUUUUUUUGAUAGUUUCACCUCAAUUGUGUCCCUCACGAGAUUAUUCGUUGAUUGAGGAGGAUUAUGAUUUUAAAAAUGGAUUCAAUACUGGAAUUACCAGAGAUGAGACGACUAAUCAACCCCAGAAGUGAUGGCACAUGUAAAUAAUGAUCUGAUCAACGAAAUGUAUAGUAUGCCUCGAUCAUUCGUCCGUGUUAGAGACUAUUCGAGACAAUUAAACCUGAAUGACGACGUUUGGAAAUAUAAUUGCAACAAAGAUGGUAACGUGUGUGUAGCGAGUGGGCGUUUCUCUUUCUGUUGUGAUGAUGUAUAGCAAGGUGAUUUAUUAUAACAAGAGUUAAGUUUAGUAAUUAUUUUUCUGGGGUUUAUCAAUCGCUGAGAAUUGAUAGAUUACAACUGCGGAUUAUUUGAGGAAAAUCGAUCAAUCGCUCUGAUUGAAUUAUGCAAAAUUUAAU